CUUCCCACUUCCUCUAUAUCCACUAGCCGCGAACCUUAACAACAUUAGAGCAAACAAACCAAGCUCUGUUUUUUUUUUUUUUCCUUUCUUUCAUGCUAGAACAGGAAAACCAAAGCAGUGACGCAAAAUGAAGCCCCUUUGCAGAUUCUUGAUUCUCUUAUCGCUAUUUGCUCUGGUGGAAUCGUCAUGCAGCAGUGAAGAAGAGCACGUUUUGGUGUCAAAGGCUUUCAAAUCAGUCUCUGGCUUCGACGCUCACUCCUGGUUUCGAACCAACUGUUCACAAGCUCACAUCACCAGAAUAGUACUUCCAUCCCAAAACCUCACCGGCACAAUCUCCUGGGGCUACCUCAGGAACAUGUCCAACCUUAAGGUUUUCGAUCUCUCAGGAAAUUCCUUACAGGGCCACGUGCCAAGCUGGUUUUGGUCAACUUCAUCCUUGUUGGAAAUAAACCUCUCCGGUAACAGGUUCGGAGGGAGCAUCAUUAUCCACUCCUCCAAACCCACAACACAAAACACCUCGUUUUCAAUUUCAUCCGUUCAAACGCUCAAUCUCUCCCACAACAGGUUCACCAAUUCAAUCCAACUUUCUUCCUUCCACAACCUUAAAAUCCUCGACCUUUCCAACAACAACCUGCGAACACUCCCCACCGGACUCCAAAACCUCUCCAGGCUUCAUCACCUCGAUCUCUCAAGCUGUAAUCUCCAUAGCGACGUAAAGCCAGUUUCCUCUCUUCACUCACUUCGCUACUUGGACUUAUCGAACAACACCUUCACGGGAAAUUUCCCUUUUGAUUUCCCUCCACUCGCCACCCUCGAAUUCCUCAACAUCUCCUAUAACAACUUCACCUCAUCAACUAGCCUAACCAAGUUCAACAGUUUCGGUAAAUCAGCUUUUAUCCACGCUGGCAACAACUUCACCUACGACAGCACCGCGUCCAAAACGACCAACAACAGUAAAAACUCAGCGCAAUCCACCCACAAGAAACAACGGAAGCGAAAAUACAAAACGCUGAUUGCUGCAGCGUCGUCUGCGGGAUUAGCAGUUCUCCUAAUUCUGUUGUCCAUUUGGGUACUCCGCAUUGUUAUUCGGAAGAGGAAGCAACGUGCCAAGAGGAGCAAGUGGGCGAUUUCGAUGCCGGUUCCACUUGGGAUGAACGUGGUGACUAGCAGAGUGGAGAAAUCAGGGCCGUUCGCUUUCGAGACUGAAUCGGGGUCAACGUGGGUGGCUGACCUGAAGGAACCGUCUUCUGCGGCGGUGGUGAUGUUUGAGAAGCCGUUGAUGAACCUUACUUUCAAGGACCUCAUUGUCGCCACGUCACACUUCGGGAAAGACUCGCUGCUGGCGGAGGGAAGGUGUGGACCCGUUUACAGAGCCGUGCUGCCGGGGGACCUCCACGUGGCGAUCAAGGUCCUGGAACACGCUAGAGACGUUGAUCCUGAUGAUUCGGUCGCCACGUUCGUUGACCUCUCAAGACUCAAGCACCCCAACUUGUUGCCCCUCUCCGGUUACUGCAUUGCUGGUAAGGAGAAACUGGUACUGUACGAGUACAUGGCGAACGGCGACCUUGGAAGGUGGCUACACGAGCUUCCAACUGGGGACACCAAUGUAGAGGAUUGGACAAGCGACACGUGGGAGAUACAAAACGGCGCCGUCGACGACGGAUCCCCCGAAAAGAUGGGGUGGCUGACACGACAUCGUAUCGCGGUUGGGAUAGCGCGUGGUCUCGCGUACCUUCACCACGCGCGUUCGAAGCCCGUGGUGCACGGCCACUUCGUCACCUCCAACAUUUUACUCGCAGACGAUUUCGAGCCCCGGAUCUCCGAUUUCGGGUUGCGACAUGACCGGAACCCGAACGGAGGCACAGAGGCCGACGUGUACUGCUUCGGGGCAGCGCUGAUGGAGCUCCUAACGGGGAGGGAGAGCACGGCGGAGACGGUGGCCGCGGCGAGGAAGGCAGUGAGGGAGGGGCAGGGCGUUAGGGUUCUGGACGAGAGGCUCCUGGUGGGUGGUGACUCGGUGGUGAGUGAGAUGGUGGAGACUCUCCGAGUGGCGUUUUUGUGUACGGCGGAACACCCUUGGAAGAGGCCCACAAUGCAGCAGGUUUUGGGUUUGGUGAAAGACAUUCGUCCUCAUGAACAGCAACUCGUGACGAGUUGACUCGUCAACCCUAUAUUUAUUUUAUUUAAUUUUUGGGCGAAAAGCAAAAGUUGAAAAGGACAAAAAGAUGGGCAUGGAGAAGGGGAAGCGGAGAGUAGUUUACUCUUUUUUCUGGGGAGGGGGCAAAGGAGCAGGGAAUCCCACUCAGGAGUUUCCAUAAUUUAUUCGUUUUCUUCUUUUCUUUAUGUGCUCUCUUCACUUUUAAAAUAUACAUAUUUUUUACUUUUUGGAUUUUA